AGUUCCGUUCAUUGCUGAAAGGGGCCAGUGAAGCAGCAACUGGUGUGACGUGUUUUCCUGUAGCUGUUUGGUUCUGUCAGCCUUGCUCACAAGGACGGCUUCCGUCACUAUCACUGGAAGAUCCAUCCACAUCUGCGUAGAAGAGACAACUUUUUGGCAGUGCAGAUCAGGAUGCCGGAGCAGAGCAACGAUUAUCGUGUAGUGGUGUUCGGCGCUGGCGGUGUGGGGAAGAGCUCGCUCGUGCUGCGAUUCGUCAAAGGCACGUUCCGCGAGUCUUACAUUCCCACGAUCGAGGACACUUACAGGCAGGUGAUCAGCUGCAACAAGAACAUCUGUACGCUGCAGAUCACAGACACGACAGGCUCUCACCAGUUCCCAGCGAUGCAGCGGCUUUCCAUAUCGAAGGGGCACGCCUUCAUAUUGGUAUACUCCGUGACGUCCCGCCAGUCGCUGGAGGAGUUGCGACCCAUCUGGGAGGUGAUCCGCGACAUGAAGGGGGCCGAGCUCGCCACAAUCCCCGUUAUGCUCGUUGGCAACAAGUGUGACGAGACCGAGACUAGGGAGGUCCCUGCUUCUGAAGGAGAAGCUGAAGCAGGCAAAUGGGGUUGCAGUUUUAUGGAAACUUCAGCAAAGACAAACCACAACGUGAAGGAACUCUUCCAGGAACUGCUAAACAUGGAGAAAAAUAGAAAUAUUUCAUUAGAGCUUGGUUCAAAGAAAGGUGGUCGACAAAAACUACCUGGAUCAAACAAAAUUAAGGAAAAAUGUACUGUAAUGUGAAUGAUGAAAGGAACUUUUUAUAAGUAAAAACAAUUUAUGGUACAGUACCUUGCAAUUUUGGUUGGGUAUUCAGAAACAAAAGAAAAAACAAAUAAAUAAUUCUGUGCAAGAUUUGCAUUUCCCUUCCCUUAAAUGUGGAAUUUCUUUUCAGUAAAUAUGCAUAUGCACUAGCAAAGAAUUGCAGCUCUUGAAUAUGGUUGCUUAAAAAUAGUUGUUUUCUGUUUACGUUACCUUUCUUCUCACCCAGACAUAUCGUGCAGUAAUGCAUUGUUGUGUGACACAGGAAGACAGUGAUAUUAGACUAUAUUAUAGUAUAAGAGAUAAUGUGUCAAUUUUUGGGAAACAACUAAAAUAUAUCAGUAUCUAGUUAAAGACAAUCUUUCAACUGGAAAAUUAUUUAUUAGACGUCUGUUAACAGUAUUUAUUUGCUGUUACAACCUAAGUUUAAACCCAUGCAAAAGAACUGAGUUACAAACUUGCAAAUUGGAUAAACAAAAUUCACAUAAGAAUGUGAGCACCUCAAAAUCACAAAACAUGCACAAGCAGAGCAAUAUGUUCAGUGUCCUUGAAAAACUACAGGUUUUGCUGUUACCUGUCACUGUGAGUUACAAAUGGUGGAGGUGAUUCAGAUUACUCAGAAUUUUAGAAAGUGAUAGGCUAGAUUUAGAUGUCCAGGUACGUAAUUUCUUUGAGAAAUAGGUUUUUUAUGGUGUACAUUUAAUAGUAUAUGAUGAAGUGAGAUGAUCUUAAAGUAUAAUUCACACAACGACUAAAAUAAGAUUUGAAUUCAUAAAGUUUUUUGGCUAUUUAGAAACGCUGAAAUACAGGUAAUUUAAGGGAAAUAGCUGUAAUGUGAUAUGUAGAAAGGUGCUGAAUAUGAAUAUUAUUUUAAAUACAGAACUUCAGAUUAUUAAAGCUUUGAAUUUAUAAUUACCAGUGGACAUUUACUAAUAAGUGCCAUUGACUAAAACAUUUCUGGUAUAAUGACUAGGUCUUUCACUAAAGAUGGCAGCAGCUCAUUGAUAGAGACACAGUGUGUCCAUACAAUUACAUGCUGGAUUUGCAUUAGUAAACACAAUCAAUAACUUAAUAUACAGUAGCAUCCACAGCUAUUAAGAAUAAUAAAAUUUACUGUGUUUUAUACAGUCUAUAAAUAAAUGGUAUAAUUGAAUUUGAAAUUUUAUAUUUGUUGCAAAGUGCAUAUCAUAAUUAAGAGUAGAAAAUUACUUUUUGAAAUAAUAUUUAAAAACAAAUUUCAGUAAUUAUCCUUUUAAAAGAUUAAAAUAGUUGUAAUACAUAUUAAAUCUGAAUCAAAGUCGUCUAAAGUCCAAAUCCAGUAUUGGGGGAAUGAGGAUAGUAAAUCAUAAUCUUACAUUGUCAGCUCAACAUAAUCAGUAUAAAAAUAUGGUUCAACCAAGCUUACAAAACUAAUAAUGUUGCAAAUGAUAUUGGAACAUGUGUCACGGUGAAAGAUAGACAGGUUUGCAGGAGGCUAAAAGAAUUUAAAUAGUAGAGGGUUUGUGAUGUAUGUAUGACAAAAUAUCUGGAAAUUUCUAUAAAAUAUAUAGAAAUCCAGUUUUAAAGAAGUUAGUUCAAAAACAUAUAUUUUUUGCGUAUGAAAGGUAAUAUAAAACACAGACACACAAAUGGACAAUGAAUUUAAUAACAUCUUUUAUUUUAAUGAAGAGGUUUGAGUAAAACUGGAAUUGAGAUUCCUUGAUAUUCAGUACUACACAACAAACAGACACACACACACACACACACACACACACACACACACACACACACACACACAC